AUGUGGCGAGGAAGCAGCGCAGGGGGUAGCCAGGGAGCCGCCAUGGAGGGAACCGGUGGAGAACUGGGGGGACAGGGGAACUGGGGUCUGGAGGAUGCCCCAGGUCUCUUGGCCAGGGCCUCCCUGCCCAUCAUGCCUGCAUGGCCAUUGCCUCUGGCCUCUUCUGCCCUUACCCUGCUCCUUGGAGCCCUCACUUCUCUUUUCCUCUGGUAUUGCUACCGCCUGGGCUCCCAAGACAUGCAGGCCCUGGGGGCUGGAAGUCGGGCUGGGGCUGUCGGUGGUAGGCCUGGAGGGUGCUCUGAAGCGGGCAGGCCAAGUCCAGGCCGCUCUGGAGAGUCCGGAGAAGGACCCAGGACGGAAGGCCUAAUGAGCCGUCGCCUUCGCGCCUAUGCCAGGCGCUACUCUUGGGCAGGGAUGGGUAGGGUGAGGCGGGCAGCUCAGGGUGGCCCCAGCCCGGGGGGAGGGCCAGGGGUCCUGGGCAUCCAGCGCCCAGGCCUGCUUUUCCUGCCAGACCUGCCCUCUGCCCCCUUCGUGCCCCGGGAGGCCCAGAGGCAUGAUGUGGAGCUCCUGGAGAGCAGCUUCCCUGCUAUCCUGCGGGACUUUGGGGCUGUGAGCUGGGACUUCUCAGGGACGACUCCUCCACCUCGGGGCUGGUCCCCACCCCUGGCCCCUGGGUGCUACCAGUUCCUGCUAUACCAAGCAGGCCGCUGCCAACCCAGCAACUGCCGCCGGUGCCCGGGGGCCUAUCGGGCACUGAGGGGGCUGCGAAGCUUUAUGAGUGCCAACACCUUCGGCAAUGCUGGCUUCUCCGUCCUCCUGCCUGGCGCCCGGCUUGAGGGCCGCUGUGGGCCCACCAAUGCCCGCGUCAGAUGUCAUCUGGGCCUGAAGAUUCCCCCUGGUUGUGAGCUGGUGGUCGGGGGCGAGCCCCAGUGCUGGGCUGAGGGACACUGUCUUCUGGUGGAUGACUCCUUCCUAUACACAGUGGCCCAUAAUGGCUCUCCCGAAGAUGGGCCUCGAGUGGUGUUCAUCGUGGACCUCUGGCAUCCCAACGUGGCUGGGGCCGAACGCCAGGCCCUCGACUUUGUCUUCGCACCAGACCCUUGAAGGAAGAUGCUUCUUUCAAACAUCUGGG